AUGCCCGCGGCCAAACGCGGAAAGCUUCGGAUGUGCAAGCUUUCCCUGGAAUCGGUGGGCAGUUGGUCUCAGAUCAGCCUGGUCCAUGUGGCUGCGUUCUGCAGCCACGAGCGCUUGGAGCAGGAUCUCCACCUCAUAUUGAGCCUGAAGGGCAACAUCAACGCACGCGCACUCUUCGACGUGGAGCUCGAUUUUCCGCGGGAGCAGGAGGGUUUGAUCAUCAAGGAGAAGGUCGUAUGCUCAGUUUUACCGAUCCACUUCGCGGUCUAUGCCGGAAAUGUGCAUGCCGUCAAGGUGCUCAUCCGGUGCCGCGCUGCGGUGGAAUCCCGGGCCACCUUCGAUGCUGUGCCGGACUACACUCCGUUGCACCUGGCCACCACCCUAUGGGCCAGGGCAGGGAAUGAUGCGGUGAUUCAGCACCAGGUGGUGAAGAUCCUCCUGGAAAAUACUGCAGAUCCUACUACAAUGGAUCUCAGCGGUGCGACUUGCAAUGAUCUGAGGCCACAAGGAGCCAGUGUGAGCACGCUCAGAAGUCUGCACUUGCGCAGCAUCGGCAUCAAAAGGGGCAUGGUGGUCGAACUCAACUUGGAUGCGAUUGCCAAGAAGGGGGCAAAGGCAAGGUUAGAGGUGCGCCAGUUCCUGGAGACUGCUGAUGCGCGACGCAGCGAGUUCGUGGUGAUGGCAGAUGCAGAGGACCCUCAAGAAGAAGACGAUCUACUUCAAAUCUCGCUUCUGGUCAGGGACACUUUGGAGGAAAGCAGGGUGCUCAAGAUCCAGCAGUGUUGCGUGUCGGUGCUCGGUUACCGAUUCUUCCAGUGCUGCCUUCGACAAGUGCUGGACUAUCUCUUCGGGACGAUACAGAUGCCGUCUCCAAGGUCCAUGAUGGAUUCUCCCAUCAUCCGGUCACGAACUCUGGAAGAAGAGAGCGCGGCAGCAGAGGGAUCCCUGACCGUCCAGGACUUCCGUUUGGGUGGACCCUCGAAGCGCCGGGCCGUUACCAUCGCAGACUUUCAUGGCGAGGACGUGAUGAGCGAUUCAGACCUGGAGCCCGGCAUUCUUCCAGAUGUGGACAUCGAACAUGCCGUGAAGAUGAAGCUGAGCAACCCGCUGCGCCCUGGAAAGUUUUACCGCAAGAGAAACCGAGUUGCUGAAGGUUACUUGCUGCACUUCGCGAUUGAUGAGAUGGUGAGAGAGGAGGACAGGAAGUGGAAUGUUCCGGCAGAAGACGUCCUUCAGUACAUCGUUGCAAGUCGUGCCGACAUCCAUGCCAAAGCAGAUGUGGAGCGGCGGACCAAUGCGAACGAGUUCUGCUGUGUAACCGGCAUGCAUAUCGCUGCGGUGGGCCAUUGCUUGCCAGCGGUCAAAGCCCUGCUCAGCCUGGGCGCAUCUAUCGAGUCAGCGGCGGUCUUCGACGGGAUCCCAUGCUGGACGCCCCUCUCCGAUGCACUUGUAUCCACCAUCGACUACCACCACGCCACGCGCAACCCCUCUGCGCCCCACCCUUCGAUCAGAGGUGCGAAGGAAUCUGCAGCGGUCAUCCAGCACCUACUGGAGCACCGCGCCAAUCCGGAUGGAUGCGGCGGUAGCGGAGGCCUCACCUGUCUUCACUUGGCCGUCGGCAAGAACUGCGACACGGAGCUGAUAUGUCUACUGGUGGAACACAGCGCAGACGUUACGCUCAAGACGAGCGAAUGGGUCCGGGCCACCCGUGCCCACGGCAACCGGGGGUGGGACCGUGGCUUGACACCACUGCAGAUUUGCGACUACGCAGACCAGGUCUACUCUCAGAAACAGAGGAGCGAGGUCAUGGCGCUGCUGGCUCCCUCGCUUCGCGGCGCAAGCUUUCUCCUCCAGGAUGUGACCAGCAUGGCUGCUUUCAGUGUCAGUGGCGCCAGUGAGCUCGUAAAGCGUGUCCUGGACGAGUCCAACAAGGAUUCCGGUGGCACAGCUGCACGCGCCCUUUCGACGUUGCGGCUGCGUGCCGUCACAGGUGCCCGGUCUGCUGAGGGCCUCGAACCAGUGGACAGCAUUGCAGAGCUGCUGGAGAUUGCGCCGUCGAUAGCUAUCUCAGUCCUGGACGAGUUGCUCCUGACGGAACCAGACACGGAAGACCCGCAUGUACAUCCCUUGCCUCACCGGGCAAACAUGAACUACAAGCAUCGAGCACAAGGAAUUGGAUGGUCGGCCACUGUUUUCGAUCUGCCGAACUUGUCGGUCCAAACCUCAUACCAGCCUGACACAAAUGAGGACAGGCAAACUGCAGACCAAUACUACUCCAGUGCCUUUGCCAGACACAAGGCUUGGCCUUGCUGGCUCCGGACAGCACAGUGCUGGCACGGAACUUUAGCCCCGAAGGCGUCUUGCAACAGGGCGAGCCUCAUGGACCCAAUGGGCCUUAAGAAGGUCGUGGAUCAGAUGCAGGCGCCGACGGCAUUCAAAGGGAAGCACCAGGAAGGAGAUCGCGACGUUUGCAUCAAGGUGUUGCUGCUGUCCAAUGUCCUGGAUGUGCGCAUCAUGAUGGCUCUCACCAGUGUCAGCUGGAGUGAGAUCUUUGCAGAGAAGGUGGUCCAGGCCAUUCUGAGUUGUGGCUAUGAGCAGUUCUGCUUCCGGCCUAUCACCUCGGCACUUCUUCAGGAGCUUGUCCUGUUCUGUGCAUUUCUGUCUUGGUCGUUUGGAUUCUGGCUCUGGGAGCCACGGAAAACAGCAUGGACAGUGAUAUUUGCCAUACUGGUGAAUGAGACCAUUACCAUAGCUUGGUGGAUGAGAGGUCAUUUCUGCUAUGGCUGGACACUGAAGCAGUUCUUCCUACAUCCCAUGGCUGGGUUUCGGAUUAUCCAGCUUUACCUCUUGUGGUGGCUGCUUUGGAGGACAUUCUUUGGGUAUGACCUGGAUCACACCUGGAGGAAUGACGAAGAUUUGACGGGCAACAAGCGGACCUUUGAGCGCAGCUUGCUUGGAGCGAACUUGCUCUUGCAAUGCUUCUUGUUCAUCUUUCUGGCCAAAGGUGCGUCCCCUCGACUGGAAUUUGGUCGACAUCUUCUCGCCAUCCUCCAUUCUUUCCUCAGGUUGGGAGUGAUUUUCACGGUCUUGAUCUUGGUCUUCGCAAGUUUCACAUCUGCGUACAUCGUCAUGGGCUCCAAGCUUCCACUCCGGGCUCUCAUCGAGAAGGUUUAUCGCGGCCUCUUCUUAGCCGAUGGCGAGGGACUGGAUGUCAUGGAGGGCGAACUUCAUGAUGGAGAGCUGCAGCCGAACAACCUCGACACCUACCUCACCUUGUUCUCCACGUUCAUUGUGACCAUAUGCCUUCUCAAUGUCUCCAUUGCAGUGUUCACCAUGGAGUACGAGGCGGCAAUUAAGGAAUCCUGGCUUCACUUCUGGCGCUGGAGGGCGCGCCUCUGCGCGGAGGUCCUUCUUUGCCCGCGCUGGCCGUGGAAAUUCGAAGCGAAAUGCGCUUUGUGCGCAGAGCGGCGGCGCAUGGCCGCAUGGUUGGAGUGGGCCGUGAAGAAGCUCAAAGACGAGGCGAUGCCCAUCAUCCACGGCAGCCGGCUCUGCCAAAGGACAUUUAACUUUUGCGGCUACCGGAUGAACUGGGAGCUUUUGUUGGAUGAUGGGGAUCUUGCGCAGAAGGAUGAUGAUGCGGACUAUGUCAGAAUGGUUGGCUGGCUGACCUUGGUCGGCCUAACCCUCUUGGGUUGCCUGCUCUUCUGCAUCUGGUUCUUGCACGCCGCCUUUUCCGGCUUGGCCUUCGGCUUGGCCCUAACAGUGCUAAAGUCGAUGUGCGCUAGAGGCCCUUAUGGGCUGACGUCUCCAGGCUUUGGAGACCUGGGCUGUGAGGAUUAUGACGAGGAGGAGGAGGAGCAACCGCGACAUCCGACUGACCGCUCCCACUUCCUGUGGGUUUGCUAUCGCGCGGACUACGAUGCGAAUGUUUUCAUGAACAAGGAGGUCCACAAGGAGCACUUGGACCAACUGGAGUCAAGACUGAGCACCGUAUCACAAAGCGUGGAGAAGUGGGGCGAAGAGGUCACGAACAUUGCACAGAUCCUGAGCAGUUUGAACGACUCGGUCAAGCGCUUGGAAACUCGGAUAAGCACCACACCGCAGGCAGCCUUUACCCCGAUGAGCGCAGUGCUCGAGCCUGGAAGCCUCGCACGAGCCUCCUCCGUGCCGCACGGCUUGCGCAGGACGGGACUCCGCCGGAUGGGCAGCAUGCCAAGCAGCCACGGCGAUGCCAGCAGCCCGGUGGACCCCUCCUUUGCCCCGCUCUUUGGAACAGGCUCGACAGGACAAUUCUGA